AUGCCCGCCACCCGCCACCGCGACGAGCAGCACGAUCAAGGUGCCGCGCACAUGCCCACGGGCCGUGCCUCGCCAUUGCCGCCCAAUGGCUUCGCGUCCCCUCCACCCUCGGGCCUCUCGGACUCUGCGCCGUUGACGGCGUCUUCGAGCUCGUUGACGCGCACACACAUUGAUCAGGCGCUACUGAGGAGUCCGGACCAUGGAGUUACUUUGGACUUGACCCAUCUUGGACUCGCCGACGUCGGCGAGGCCGGCGCGCACGAGCUCGCCAGUAUAGGGCGCGAAGACGCUCCUGAUGCCGAGAGCCCGAUCGUCCGAAUUGCUCUGGGACACAACCGCCUUGCAACGCUACCCAACACCUUCGCACUCCUGUCCCGCUUACGAUACAUCAAUCUGAGGAACAAUAGUUUUUCUGUCUUUCCUCCCGUGCUCACGCAAAUGCCCUCGCUUGAGAUUCUCGACAUUCGGCGGAACAAGAUAAAGCGCUUCCCGGCACAACCAGGACAUCUCGUCAAUCUUCGUGUGCUGUCUAUUUCGCGCAACAAGCUCACCCGCCUGCCUCCUUACCUCGCCUCAUUUACCCGCUUGGAAAACCUUGGCAUCGACCACAAUCCAAUCGACUGGCCUCCGCGUGCUGUGCUCGAUCCGCAUGGCAGCGAUCUGUCAAAUAAGCAGGUUAUGAAGGGAUGGGUUAAUGUGGUGAUUCCGUGGGGGAAACUGCAAGGCACGUAUCUGUACUCAUACGGCUCGGAUUACAAGGACGACCUCACCACACCGUCGCUAAUUGGGUCAUCGUCGUAUAGAAACCAUGCUUUUGCAUCUGCGUCUACCUCUACACCGCACGUACGCUCCUUCUCCUUGGAUUCGGACAUCUCGGCCUAUUCCGCGUCAGACGAGCCUUCGCCCUCCCACGCUGCCUACGACAGCCGCCCCUGGCUCGCGUCUCCUACCAUAGGACCAUCUUCUCAUUCUCAGUCGCAACCACCAGCUCUGCAUCUCGACACGCACCUUGAGAACUCGCUUGCCAAGUCACGUUCUCCUACCCGCUCCCCGGACAGUUAUUUGCCUACUCCUGAUGAAUCUGUCGCAUCGACGGACGAAGAAUCGACGCGUGUUCCACAGCAACUGAAGGAGGUUUUACCGCUCAACUUCGGGUUGAAGCCCACUUCUCAGUCGACAAGCACCACGACGCCGACAAGCCCGCUCGACCACGCGCGCAAUGCGUCGUAUGCGGGCAACGUACCUCCUCUCCGCUUGCGACUUAGCCUCACUGCGAAGAAGAGCUUACCCGAUCUGCGCACGACCACGGCGGGUGCGAAGAUACACGAGAGGAGAGGCGCGCCGGAUCUUGCACACCUGCCGAUGCCGUCGAGGAGCUUCACGGAGGAUCAUACCAGCAAUAGUGGUAUCUCGACCGGAUCCCCUCUUCCGACGAGGUGGAGGCAGGAUAGCGCAGGGUCGUCCGCCUCAGCUUCUGCAGACGCCGUAGGUAGCGCUGGCCCUAGCUCACUCUCGAGAGCUGCUGCAGCCCCUCUCAAGCCCUUCCUCGUCGACGGGCCGGUAUCCGCGUCCCCCAUAUCGAUGCACAAUCCCGCUCGUUCGAUUGACCUUGAGCGACACGCGUACUUCCGCCGUUUCUCAGCGCUGCACAACCACAACCUGCAUCCGCUCGGCAGCCACGACGGCUCAUCUACCGCGAGCACACCAGCUGCCUCUGCGACGGGCAAGCUACUCCCUCCACCACUCAUAGCACUUGUGGAGGGAGCGCGGGCGGUACUAUAUGCGCUUACUCAGCUUCACCAGACCGUCAUCCACCACGCGACGCACAUGGCCGACGAGCGUCUAGGCGCCAUACUGAGCCGGGUGCUGGACCCGAGCUUUGCGCACAUCGCAAGUCUGAUCUCGGCUCUGGACAGAUUCGACGCGUUCUCGGCGCCUGUGCGUAACAACCACCCAACCCCGCAUGGGGCCGGUAGUAUGCGACCCCCUCCACCCUCCGCGUGUCGCGCGCUGGCGGAAGCGACGCGCGCCUGCGUGGGCUCGGGGACGCGCGUGGUGAAGGCACUCGCGGUGCAGGCGAAGGUCAUUGGCACGCGGGAUGAUCCAUUGUACGUCCGGAGCCUGCUACUACAGAUAUGGGGCGCGAGUGCGGAACUGGGCGCGGCCUGGGCGCGGAUGGCGCCACAACUCGAUGCGGCGGUGCCCUAUCUACGAGAGGGAAGUAAAAGCGGGAGCGGAUCGAGGAAGGGGAUGGCGUUGGGCAAUGGGCCGCCGGUGAGCAGGGCGAGGGGCGUGCAGCAAGUGUCACCCACGAAGGAAGAUCUACCUGUGCCCGCAUCGGCCCCGCCGAGUGCGUCGACGUUUUCGCCGCACGGCGGUUCGCCUGCGGGAUCUGGGUCGGCUGUGGUGACGCGGUCGCGCUCGAUACACGCACCGGAUAAGGAAGAGAAGGCGAGGAGGGCGAGGAGGCACGCAGGCUCGUUCAGCGCGAGGGAUGUGGAAAUCGGGAAGCACAUGCCGCCUCAUGUGGACGAUCUGCCACCUGUACCGGGGCUCACGUCACCUUCUACGGCGUCGAUGGUGGUGACGAGCCCGAUGAGCUCAUCGACGCCGACACCGAGGGCGGCGCCGCACAUGGAAAGCUUCAGCUUCGCACCUUCGGGAUCAGGGGUGCUGCCGAGGAAGGCCAGUUUGGCGAGUGUAGCGGGCGCCUAUGAGGCGAGUGCGUCGAGACCUGGCACGGGGCAGUCGGCGAAGGCAUUCGGGUCCGGUCUCUCGCGCGUGCCAGAGGGACAUUCACGACAUGGCUCUCUUACAUCCUCUGCAUCGGCCUCGGUAUCGUCUUCGCCAUCCAUACCAGGCAAGGUGCCGCAGCUGGAGAUUCCGCUCAGCGCGAACGCGAACACUGUAGCGGAUAAGGAUGCGAUGACAGCGAUGCGUCGAACUAUCGAAGCGGCACUGCCAGUAUGGGAGAUGCUGGAGGAGAUCGCGAAGGACGAGAGUGGGGCCGUGCCACCUGCGGAGCUGGCGCGGGCACAGGCGGUGACGACUAGCUUCGAUGGACACCUGAGGCGAGUGGAAAGUGGGGACGCGACGGAACGAAGCGCAUUGAGGGACGAUGCACAUGUUUUCGUAAAGACGGUCAUCCAUCUCGCGAACCUGAUGAAGCCAUAUGCGGGACCGCAAGUGGCGCCUCUUCGAGCGAAGAUGCAUGAGCUGUCCAAUGCGACUGAAGAGACCGUUAUCCUACUGCACGCCUCGUCGUUCUCGCCGCCGGCGACGCCUCGCUCGCACUCGCCGAUGGUCUUCGGCCAGCCAAACGGAGGACUCUCGGUGCUCGGUUCCGAUUUAGACGGCGGACGACUCGGCGUAAACCUGUCGCGGAGCCGGAGCGCGCAGACGGCGAAGGCGCCCCAAGCGGUGUCGUCACCGAGGGAGGUGCCGCGUAGCGCGGCGCCUCAUCAGCAGACGUUCAAGCUCCCCCCUCAUCCGCGGCUGGGCCCGGGGACAAGGAGGGAGACUGGUGGAGACGGAGGGUACUUAUAA